GUUUUGGUUCUCCUUCCCUCUCACAGCAGUCUGCUGUCCCCUCUCUCUCUCUCCCUCUCUCUCCAUCUGUCUUCUGUGGCAUAAGCUUGAUUCCUGGUACUGCAAGCGAAGCAAACAUCCCAUGCUUUACUUUUGUUGGGUCAUAACCUUCUAAAAUUCUUCUUGUGUGCCACUUUGUACUGUAAGAUUUCUCCUCCCUCUUUAUCUUUUGCCAGCCUUUCUGCUCCCUCACUACUGCUAUAAACCACUUGCUUAGCCUCACACAGCCACAGCUUCCAAGCUCUUCUUGUGAAGCUUCUCAUGAACAAUACCAACAGGGAGUUCCAAUUGGCCUGUUCAUAUCUCCUCAGUUUACAGGAGGGAAGGGUGGCCGAAGAAAGAAGAGUUAAAAGAAGGGGAAGAGAAAGCUGAAAGAUUGAGAGACAAUGGAUCUUUCAGGUCAUGAAGGAGAGAUCCCAAUCCCAAUAAAGAACACCCAUGACAUCUCUUCCAGUGGACCUCCUCCUCCCCUCGCCACGGCCACCAUAGUAGACUACCACCACCAUCACAACCCCUAUCCGUACAGCACCAAGAAAAGGUUGGGGGUGAAGUACAGGGAGUGCCUCAAGAACCACGCGGCCCCCAUUGGCGGCAACGCCACCGAUGGCUGUGGUGAGUUCAUGCCUGGCGGCGAGGAGGGGACUCUGGAGGCCUUGAAGUGCUCAGCCUGCGGGUGUCACAGAAACUUCCACAGGAAAGAAACAGAAGGCGAGUCCUCGUGGGGCUGCUACCACCCCCUCACGGCGAGGAACGCCAUGAACCAGAGAGGCCUCCUGUUAUCCGGGGCAGACGCGUUCGGCCUCGUUCCACGCCCGCUGCCUCACAUGAUCAUGCCCCCGGGGGCCAUGCAGACAUCCGAGUCCGACGAGAUGGAGGGGGUGGGGGACGAGAUGGCAAGGCCGAUUCUGGUGAAGAAGAGGCUGAGGACCAAGUUCACACCGGAGCAGAAGGAGAAGAUGCUGUGCUUCGCUGAGAAGGUCGGCUGGAGGCUUCAGAAGCAGGAGGAGAGUGCAGUGCAGCAACUCUGCCAGGAGAUUGGAGUCAGAAGGAGAGUCCUCAAGGUGUGGAUGCACAACAACAAGCACCACUUGGCCAAGAAGAGCCCUCCCCAGCUUCAAUGACUCUGGCUGCUUCCUCUCUCGCCAUGGCAAACUACUCUUCCCUAUGACACUUGCAAUUCUGAGCUUAUAGUUAUGAUUAGCUUAAGAUUCUCUCAUGACAGUAUCUGAGUCAGAUAAUAGUAUGACACCACUGUCAACCCUACCAUAUGCUAUCUUGGCGUUUAGUGGUGUUAGUUGUUAGGUUUUGUCGACAUAGCCUUGUUUUUUCUUCUAUUAGUUGAUAAUUU